GAAGAAACAUUUCAAAAGGAAUUUUAUGUCCGUUUUACUACCGACUCUGUGAAAAAUGUGUUGCAUCUUGAAAGCUAGGAAAGCUAGGCGAAAUGAUAAGUUUAAGGGUUGUACAUUCGAUAAAGGCGAGAGCUGCUGGUCUUCAAUGUAGUGGAAUAAGACUUAUAAAAAACCAAAAAAGAGCAGAAAAUGCGUUACAAUACAUAAAGCGAACAACUUUAACAAAUAAUGGUCUACACCUUCCAAGAAUUCUUAAUAACAACCUUAGUAGCUUUUCACUUUCAACUUCACAAAAGACGACGAAGACGUUUAUUGUUAUUUAUAACAACGGUAAUGCCGUUAACAGGGUUUUGUAUAUUAAUUUUAGCAGGUAUAGAAAAAGCACCACAUACAGGACGUCUCAGGUUUAAAUUUAUGUCGGAAGAAGAAGAAAGUGAACUUUGCGAUUUAGCAUUUAAAAAUGAAGUGGAAAAGUAUAAAAAUAAUUUCCUCUCACUAGAUAGACUUGAAAGCAAGUUAGUUUAUCAUGUCGCGAGUAAUUUAGUUAAAGGUUUAAACGAUGAUUUAAUGACUUUGAAAUCAUUCAAAAAUUUAAGUGAUAAAGAAAGUGGAGAGAAAGCUGCUAAUAUUAUAGAAGAAAAUGUUGAUAAUAUGAGUGAUAAAAAUACGAAUAUACAACAAGGUGAAAAAAAUCCUAAACAUUUUGAAAUUUACGUUAUUGAAGAAGAUGAUGUGUUUAAUGCUGUUUCUUUUGGUGCUUCCAAGAAAAUUGUCAUAUUCACUGGUUGGCUCAAAUUGAUUAAUUAUGAUGAAGAAUAUCUUGCAUUCACAUUAUCUCAUGAAAUUGCUCAUAUUAUACAGGGUCAUUCAAGUGAACCAUUUGGAAUUAGUCAAAUAUUGUUCAUGUUUGCAGAUACGGCUCGCACGUUGUUAUGGUUUCCAUUUCUCUCAGCAUUGGGACCUUUAAUAAAUGAUUAUUUGAAUUCAGCAACAGAAAGUUUAAUUGAAAAAUAUACAACAGGAAGGUAUAAUCAAAGAGCAGAAAAAGAAGCUGAUAUAGUUGGAUUACAAUUGAUGGCACUUUCAGGAUAUCAUCCAAAGAAAGCCGUAGAAUUAUGGAAAUAUUUAUCAUCAUUAAAUAAUCCAAUUAAGACUGAGACACACUUACAAGAUAAUGUAAUUAUUGAAGAGGAAAUUGUCCGAACGGAUGGAAUUGAAGAAAAUUAUCCUCUUAUUCAAAAUUUGCAAGAUUUCUUUGCUUCACAUCCUUUGGAUGAAGUUCGUGCCGAUUAUUUAUUAGAUAUGUUACCUGAAGCAGAAAAAAUCUAUGACGAAGUUGCUAAUAAAGGUGGAAAUGCUAUAUCAUUUAUUAUUGAUAAUCAUGUUGAGGAAUUGAAUGAACCUAUUAAAACCAUUAAAAAUACUGAAGAACAGAUUAUGUCUAGAAUUUGGAAUAGUUUAAGAUAUUUAAUUGGAUUAAAUCCGGAAUCAUAAAAUAAUUUCAUACUGUUACACUUAAGCAUUUAUCUUUGUAUAUAUAUAUAGUAAACAUUUUAGUAAAUCAUCAUAUGUGAUCUUAGAAAAUCUGGUAUUAACUCAUUUUUGGUUUUCCACCAAUUCCUUUAAUUUAUUUAUUUAUUUAUUUAUUUAUU